UAUACGGAAUUGGUCAUGUAAACCACGUCACACCCGGACCCGAACCUGAACCUGACCCGGAGACCCGCAUCUUCCCUACUUUCCCCAACUUUCCUUGUUCGAUUGGUUCCUGCUCCCGACUUACUGGAUUUUCUCGUCACCCAAACACCUCUGAGAAAAUACCAUCAACACCAUUAAUUCCGACAUGUCUGAUCUUGCUGGCUCCCUCCCGGAGGCCGCCUCCGGAAAUAAAUUGGCUGCAAAGUUGGGUUUUCUUGGGAUUGGGAUAAUGGGUUUUCCGAUGGCACAGAAUCUCAUCAAAGCUGGGUACAAUGUGACUGUUUGGAACAGGACCAAGAGCAAGUGUGAUCCUCUCAUCAGCUUAGGGGCAAUAUAUAAAUCAACUCCUGGGGAAGUAGCUGCGUCUUCUGAUGUCACAUUUGCAAUGCUUUCUGAUCCUGAAAGUGCGGUGGAAGUUGCUUGUGGGAAGAAUGGAGCUGCAAGCGGUUUGAGUUCAGGAAAAGGGUAUGUGGAUGUUUCCACAGUUGAUGGCGAAACUUCUAAAUUGAUUUCUCAACGUAUUAAGGCUACUGGAGCUUUGUUUUUGGAGGCUCCAGUUUCUGGCUCAAAAAAGCCAGCAGAAGAUGGCCAGCUGAUAUUUCUUGCUGCUGGGGACAAAUCUCUUUAUGAUUCAGUUGCUCCUUUCUUAGACAUCAUGGGGAAGUCAAAAUUCUACCUUGGGGAUGUUGGAAAUGGGGCUGCCAUGAAACUUGUCGUGAACAUGGUCAUGGGAAGUAUGAUGGCAUCAUUUUCCGAAGGAUUGCUUCUCAGUGAGAAAGUAGGACUGGACCCAAGCGUACUAGUUAAGGUGAUCUCACAGGGUGCCAUUAGUGCGCCGAUGUACUCAAUGAAAGGCCCAUCAAUGAUCCAAUCCGUUUAUCCUACUGCAUUUCCAUUGAAGCAUCAGCAGAAGGACAUGAGGCUUGCUCUAGGAUUAGCAGAAUCUGUUUGCCAAUCCACCCCCAUUGCAGCAGCUGCAAAUGAACUGUACAAAGUAGCAAAGUCUCAAGGCCUCAGUGACCAAGAUUUUUCAGCGGUCAUCGAAUCCCUGAAAGGAAAGUUGCAGCAGUGAACAGAGUAGCCUAGUUACUCAUCAAUGACGAUGGCUGAGGUUUAUGUAGUUUUCCUUUAUUGUGAUUUGCAUCCCAAGCCCAUGAGUCAUGACAAGUGGUUUACUCUCUGGAGAAGUGAAAUCUCAGCCUCAGAUUUUAUUUUUUGGGUUGUUAUGUCAAUGGUAAAUUUGUUAGAUGAACCAGAGACCAGGAUGAGUAGCUGCAACUAUAAGGUUUUACUUCAAUUUAACUAUCUACUUUUACUAUAAUAUGUUUUCUUGUUGGAAAAAAUAAGUUGAAUAAUUGUUAAGGUUAUUAUUUAAGUUAUAUUUGUGGCAUAAA